AUGGAGGAGCAGCGGCAGGAGGGCGAGGCGGAGGUCGCGGAGCCCUGGUUCUCUAAGUGGGAGCGCCAGUGCCUGGCGGAGGCCGAGCAGGGAGAGCAGCUGCCCCCCGAGCUGCAGGACGAGGCGGCCACGGAGGCGGCGGGGCUCAAGAGCGAGCAGCAGCGGCUGUGGCACCUCUUCCAGAUCUCGGCCACCGCCGUGGCCCAGCUCUACAAGGAUUCCGGGUGCCAACAGCCAGGACUGUCUAUGUGGGACCCCUUCCAGAAUGCGGCCAUGGCCGUGACCAGCCUGUACAAAGAGAGCGGGGAUGCCUACCAACGAAGUUUUGACCUGGGCGUCCAGGUUGGCUACCAGCGUCGCAUCAAAGAUGUGCUCGAGUGGGUGAAAAAGGGCCGGAGCACCAUUCGUCGCGAAGACCUGAUCAGCUUCCUGUGUGGCAAAGUGCCCCCAGCCCCUCCCCCGCCGCGCCCCCCCAGGACGUCCCCGAAGCCUCCCGCCGGGGCCUCCAACCAAGCUGCAGCCACCGAGUCCAACUCGUCGGUGGACGUCGACCUGCAGCCUUUCCACGAGGCCAUCGCCCUGCACGGCCUCAGUGGUGCCAUGGCCAGUAUCAGCGUGCGAUCUGGCGCGCCCGGCUCCCCGCCUCAAGACAGCGGUGUCGCCAGCAGCGGACGCCGAAAAAGUAGCUUUCUCGAGGACGACUUGAACCCUUUCGGCUCAGAAGAACGGGCCCUCCGCCUGGAGGGUGGGGGGAUCCGCAAGCGCACCUCGGCCCAGUGCGGUGACGGCAUCACAGACUCCCCAACCCACAAGCGCAACCGAAUGGUCUAA